GUUUGGUUAUCCAUUUUGGUGUUGUUUUGUGUGUAUAAAUAAUUUGAUUGGAAGAUAGCAUGUGGAGCUGCUUUCAUACUCCAUAAUCUGUUACUGUGCCAACUCAUUCUGAGGCCAAUUUGUACCUAACACACCCCCUAAGAAAUCAGAAAAAUCCUUCUUCAUAUUCUUCAUUUAACAGCUACAACCAUAAUAUCUCAACCAACCCCUUACUUCUCUCUCUCUUUCUUUCAACUUUGAACUACUUCUUCCCUAAAAAAUGACAGAAGAGCAACCUCAAACUAGUGUGGAAUCACAAAAACCUUCUUCUGAUGAUCCUUCUCCAGCUGCUACAACUGAGGCUCCUUCUCAUGAAGAACAUGUUCAUGAAGCUUCUAAGGAUGUGGCUGAGGAGAAAUCUGUAAUUCCAGAUACCAAGCCUGAUGAAUCCAAGGCUCUUGUUCUAGUUGAGAAGCCUCUUGUUGAAGAGAAACCAUCUGAGGGCUCCGUUGACCGAGAUGCUGUGCUUGCAAGAGUUGCAACAGAGAAGAGGCUAUCACUAGUCAAAGCAUGGGAAGAAAGUGAAAAGUCAAAAGCAGAAAACAAGGCUCACAAGAAGCUUUCAGCCAUUUCUGCAUGGGAGAACAGCAAGAAAGCUUCUGUGGAGGCUGAGUUGAGAAAAAUUGAAGAGCAACUAGAGAAGAAAAAGGCAGAAUAUGCAGAGAAAAUAAAGAACAAAAUAGCUGCAAUCCACAAAGAAGCUGAAGAAAAGAGAGCUAUCAUUGAAGCUAAAAAAGGAGAGGAUCUCUUGAAGGCAGAGGAGGUAGCUGCAAAGUAUAGGGCUACUGGGACUGCUCCAAAGAAACUCCUUGGUUGUUUCUAAUGCCUCUCAUUCAAGCAAAAAAGCCUGUUUGGAAAUCAAAGAUGUGAAUUACUAUUUGUGCAUUUCUUUCAUCUCUUCCCAUUCAUAUAUCAAUACAACUGUGUGAUCUGAGUUUAAUUUUAUGUCAUGCAAAAUUUAGUUCAAUGUUCCUUUCAUUAUGUGUCUAUAGAGAUUGUUAUGUUGGAGUGUAUAUAUAUAUAUAUAUUUAUAUUUAUUUAUAUAUACCAUCUA